AAACACGACUAAGAAAAUAAACAAAGAAAAUAAGCCGAUAUUCUCUAUUUUAAUAUAAUAUCCUCUUCACCAGCCAUUAACAUCGCAGCAUGUGUAAGUGGAUAAGUGUCCUUGUUGCUUUGGUUCUGCUCUUGUUGCUGACCGAGUUUUCCUUAACUCAUUCUGAACACCACUAUGACGGCCGAGCACAUAGCAGCCAUGAAGACCAUAUCGCUUUUCUCGGAGAAGAGCUCGCCAAGGAGUUUGAAAAACUUACGCCGAAGGAGUCUAGGAGACGGCUCAGGUAGGUAUUCUGUAACCCCGUUAGAAAGUUGAAGCAGAAAUUUAAUAGAUUUUAAAGCAAAGCCUUCCCUAAAUGCAUUUUUAUGAAAAUCAAGGAAUUUAGGAAUUUGUUAGAAAUCUUACACUUGAAAUAUUACCCUGAAAAAAAGGCUGUCUCAGAAACACAUAAUGUGUUCAAAACUUACGACUGAUUCAUACGCUAUAUACAAUGCUGUUCAAAAAUAUGAAAUGAAACAAGUUUUGCCUGACUUGGUAAAGUUUAUUAACAACUAACUUUAUUUUCCGUCAUGAAUCAGUGAUGAAAAUAAUCAGUUAUGAAUCAAUGUACGUUAAAAGCCUGGAUAUGAUAUUAAGUUAUGCACAUGUUUGUGCUCGUGGUCUACGAGUAAAUAUUACGUUUGCUCACACAUAAACUGGUUUGCGUUUAAUGAGAAGCCUUUCGGCUAUUCUAGGACAUUUCUCUCGCAAUAAUUUAAUUCGGACUAUAAAUCAUUCUAUUAAUCGUAAAAGCUCGUAUCCGCAGUCUCAAUUUUAACAAAUACCGCACACCCAGCAGAAAUACCAUCAUGCGCGGAUUUCUUCGAAUCCAGAAUUAUGGCGUUAAGUUUAAAAUUACCGUUGAUUGCAAUAAAAAAAAUGCGCAAAGCCGAAAUUUUAACGAACUCUCCUAAAAUAGUUUAACCCGUGAAAAACCUUUUACGCUUGGUUAUAAUUAUACCAAAUACCUCUCCUGUUCAUAAAACGACAGCUGCUCAAAUAUUACAAAAAUUAAUGCGUCUUUUGAAGCUCAUUCAAUAGAAAGCACACUAAGAUCUCGUUACCAGUCUGCUUACACCUCAAUAUAAAUAUAACCAGUUAUGAAAAUUAAAAGGUCGUGCGUUGAUUGGUUAUCAUUUGACAGGUAACACGAUAUCGGGCGAUAUUAUCACCGAAGACAAAAGUCAAUUGGAAAAACUCUAACCCUACCAUUAAAUGAGACAACUGGUAGUAAUAUAUAAAAUUAGCGGUGCGAUUAUUACAGUCGAAGCACUCUCAAUGGAGAUCCUCGAAGGCGCAGAAAAGCUCUACUUACGGCUGCCCUAGACGAAAUCCCAUUUUAACUUUCUCCUUGCAAAAAUUAUUCCUGUAAAUAGCCAGCUCGAAUAAGGACACUUGUUCUGCCUUGCGAGGGUCUCUGCUAAAGAGUGCUUGGACUUUACAAGGUAAAUUUGAAUACUAUUAGCUGCUUUUUUUUUGUUUCAUCAACAAAAUAAUGUCCUUUAAUGCCAGUACCUAUUAAAAAUAACUCAAAAGAAGAAGAAACCUGUAAAAGUGUACGGAACCUAAAAUAAGGGCAAGCAUUCCAUACAGCCUGUACAGUCCAAAGCAAUUUUUAUUAUGCCUUUUUUAUCAUUAUACCUCUUAGUUUGUUGCAAUUUCGCCUAAAUUAAACACAGGCGUAAUCUUCAAGUUACCAUGUGACUCUUUUAGAAAUAAUGUACCGGGUUCGCUCCAAAAUCACACAACAUUGACAACAACGUCAGAGUGGCAACGAGCAAAUAAGUCAACUUUGAAAGACAGGCAAUGAUCCAGUAUAACCAUGUCUUGGUCAUUUGAAAGUCCUGUUACCGCGUUAAAAACUGGUCAGCGGUAACUACCUAAAGUUUACAGGAAUCGCUGAGAAUAGAAGUUCUGUAAAUUGGGAAAUGAAAACGUCACUUCUAGCGUCGGUAAAAGAAGCCGAAAAGGCCAAUUCUUGCGGAACCAAAAUAAGUACUAGCUAAUCUUUGGGUGGCCUUACGAGAUCUCGUAGUUGGUGUCUCCUCUUUGUUUUUUAGCAACAAAACUUCAAAAACACUGAUCAUCUAUCAAAUGCUUAAGUUUAUUAUUUAUCAUUAAAACGGCUUGCACAGCAGUCUGUUAGUGUGCUGAUAAUUUAUUAAACCCUGCUUCCUGAUCGCAUAUUAAAACUCUUCGAUGAGAAGCAUCUUUUUUCAGCUUAGCUACGUAUAAAAAUUCAUCAAAGUGAAAAAACCAUUUUUCCUCUCAUUUGGCCAAUAUGGGAGCAGCCUACGAGCAGACUAGAGUUUCUUUCCGGCAUGGCUUUAAGCAUUUACGAAGUUGAUGCUUAAAGCCAUGCCAGCAAGAAACCUCUGCUCGCAGGGUAAAAUGAAAGUAUUAGUUUCUACUCAAAAUUUGCGUCUGGCAAGCAAUAUUUGCCGAGAAAGAAAGUUUAGAGGGGCAACACUCUCUUCCCUGACAAUUAACUAAACUUAUUCAGUAUAGGGUUUCUAGAGCCUCAAUCUUUUAUAUCAACAGAAUGUUGGUACCUAGGAUCGACAUCAACAAAGAUGGCUUCGUAGAGGAAGCCGAACUGGAGAUCUGGAUCCGACAUAAAAUGCAGAAGUGGACUGUGCACGAAGAUGUAGAUGCCAUAUUUAGAGAUAGAGACCUAAAUGGGGAUGACAAGAUCUCGUGGAAAGAGUACAUGACAAGAAGCUUUGGAUUCACAGAAGAAGGUCUGUGUUUACGACUAAUUAGUUUCAACAAGAAAGGCUAACGUUUAGGUUUGUCCACUUGAAUGUUUUACAUUCAGAUUAUGCUAAUUUUUCAUGCUCGAUAGAUGUCGCUAAUAAGGAAUUUAAGCAGCGACGCUCCUAAUAUGCUCAAAUAGGAUCACUAUUAUGCUCCAAUAUAAUAAACAUAAAACUGCUAUUUUCAUGAUUUUCUUCGCUCGAUUGUUACAAACAAUGUAGAAUGAAUCAUCUUAGUUAGGAGGUGUCUGACAACGUGGUAGAACUGGAACUAAUGCAAGCCAUGUUUUUCAGGCCGGGUCUUAAAAUGCUGACAUGUCUUCUUUGGUUGUGUCUUAUAUAGGCUCCUGUAUAUAGAAAUCCUAUAGUUUUGGCGAAGUUUUUACAAAACGCAACGAGUCAAAAAAAGGUUGGGCUAUUAAUCCAGAAUAAUAUUCGAUUCUUUUGCCUCACUAUUAUGCUCAAAAUCAUGCAGGCUUUAUAUGCGGACACUUCACUAACGUGACUUAAGAAUUAUCAGCAGAAAGCCAACAUGUAUUAAACUGGGGAAAGUGAACUACUAACAGCUGUGAGAAGAAAAUACUAUGAACUACCUAGUGUACUAUCACAAAUUCUGCAGUCUAAUUGACUAACGUACUCGCUAUUAUAUUUAUUUGCGUGAAAGACAAUGAGUAGCGAACAGGCGUUUUGAACAAAAGCAGUGACUACAUCUUCAACGAACCGUUCUCUUUUUUUGAGGAAAAACUAGGCAAAGGAAGUACCGAUUCUAUCCCAGGAAAAAGUUAAACAACUGAAACGACGCUUAGCUCUCUAGUUUAGGCUGUGUUCACGAAUGCUUUUUUAAACAAUUUCAUCAGAACGUGGUUUAGGCAAUGUAAAAUCGAAGGUAGUUUGUCCGCAGUUGUUUUAGUAUACUUGCUCGAGUUUUAAGCGAGUCUUAAAAAAAUCAAAGUCUAAGUGUUAUUGCUGUUAAAAAGGAUAUUACUUUAAUGAUACAAAGAUAAUAGGCCAUGGACUCCAACCGUUGUUGUUGCCUUUUUUUCUGUUGGUUGUUAAUCCACUGACUUUGAUUUUUUCACAGAUAUGCACAAUAGAUGGGAACGAUCAAACCUAGAACAGUAUGUUCUGUAUGACAAGAAGAAGUGGAGAUACAGUGAUCAAGAUAAGGAUGGAAUGUUGAACAGACAGGAGUUCGAGUUCUUUUAUCAUCCGAAAGAACAUGAAAUCAUGCUGCCUUAUGUAGCUGUGGUAGGUGAAUACGUAAAUCACAUUUUCAGCCUCUUCGACUUCUUUUCUUGUAACUCAUAAACAAGUUCAGAUAACAACAUGAUCUCCUGACUACGCUGCCCUCCGAAUGCGUACCUCUCAAUGAAAAGAGCGUCAAUCGCAGCAUUUUCAUUAAAAAGUAAAUUUAGAAAAACACAGGGGCAAUGCUUAUAUAGUCUCCCUCGCAGCCGUUUUUUGGAUGUCACGCAGCGCCCAAAAGAAUAUUACUAUUUUGGGGGAGCGUUGCGUGACAUCCAAAAAACGACUGCGAGGGAGACUAGGGCAAUGCUAGCCUAAGAAAACAGCCGACAUUUCACGACACCACCACUUGUUUCCCCGCGAAAUGACCGCUGUUUCUCAGCAGGUUCAGGGCAAUGUAUGACCCGCCACUAACUUUGUAUUUGAAAAGGCCAGGUAUACUUACCUCUUCUAAUAUCUAUCAUUUUCGUAAAGACUAGGAGUUAGCUUACCUUCUUCCUCUUCUUCUUGCAAGUUUAUUUACGUCUGUUUCUCGCCGAGUGCCGACGUUGAAAACAUUGUCUGGUAUUGAUACUUUCCAAGGCAAAAAUUACCACAUCCAGACGUUUUCCACCGGUUACCCAAAUUUUAUGAAAAACUGCACAAAUCCAAUAUUCAUUUUUGUCCAAACUGACUGGAAAGCGCCGCUUCAGCAGCAAAUAAAGGCCGAAAGAAAGGGUUUUCUGACUUCUAUUCCAGUCCGGCCGCCAUUUUGGCUGAUAACCUGGCCUUUUAAAGCGAUCAGCAAAAAUAACAACAAAACAGGUACUGCCGACGCACAUAUACACACCGGCCCAGUCCAUGAAAUUCCCCUGUGGGCCUAGUCCUUGGACCCCUUCGUGAACCCGGCCCAUGGACUACUCGGGUGGACCACCACUAAUUUUUGAACAUGAGGUCUAAUCAGAGUCUUUGUCAAUAAAUUUUAUAUAUCGUUACUAUUAGGAUUAUGGACUCCUCGUAUUAUAGACUUGUUCCAUUAAACUUGUCCUGAAUUCCAUACCAAUGUAAAGGGUUUGGGUUAGUCUGGUGAAGGAGUAACAGUGAAGCCCACUUACGUAUGCCCCACUAGUAUGAAUUUCAAAACCUGUCUUUUCGCGUAGAAGAGGAGGAAGCCCAACCUCGUCCCCAGGGCUUUUCCCUUAAAAAAUUUUUUAAGGGAAAAUUCCUGGGGACGAGGUUGGAGGAAGCCGUGUUGCUGUGGAUAUUGUACUAUUGUACUUGCGCUUUUCUCUGUCACUGUGACAUGGCAGUUUCAACCCAUCUUUGUGUCGUUUGUCGUCUUUUCUGUUGUCCUAUGUCACUGUUGCAACUCGGGGGGGGGUUCUUCCUUAUAAGGGGCUAAUGGGUAUGUGCCGCGGGAUGGGGUCGCAUUUUCACGACUGGAUUGACUAUAAUGGGGACGCAUUUUUAAUAGAAUUACUAGAAUGGGGUCGCUCAUUUUCUGAUUUUAGGGGUAAGACAGUUCUUCGUAUUUACAGUUAGCAAACGAAACAGAAUUUUUAUACUGUAGGUGAAAACUACUUCAUUCAGUAUAAGGUAGAUACAUAAAUAGAAAGUGACGAAGGUGGGAUCGCGAAAAUUACAUAUUUGCCCAAAAGUGACUAAGAUGGGGUCUAUAAUUGGCCACAGAAUAAACUAUAAUGGGGUAGAGGCUCUGAGAGGCCAGCGGCACAUACCCAGCAAAAAUUAACCUAAGUAACCCCUCCCCCCGGGGGGGUGUUGUAAGUCCAUGUCGCUUGUCGGAAUUUUACCCUAACAGGGCCACACUAGCCUCCAAUGCAGCUUUUUGUGUGUGAGUGUCAACGCAUUGCGUGACUAACAGGAAGAAGUAACGUAUGAUCAUUUAGUACCCUCCCCAGGCGUCCCUUCCCAUGAUAGCCCUUCAGCAAAGUUAUUGAUUAAUUCUCCUUACGGAACAAGCACAAAAUGACCUGAAUAUUUUCAAACAUUGUGGUUGGACAGAUGUUUGACAAGCUUCGGGACAUAACAGUUAUAUGCAAGUUAUUCGUGCUUGAUCUGUAAGCAGGAGUGAAUAAGUUUGCCAAAUGAAAAAACAUUUCCAUGGGCCAUCAAGAGAAGGAAAGUCUGGGGAGGGUUGCGCAGGAGACUUCUUCCGCCCUACCACAAAUAUUGUUAUUCUUUCACCAGAUAAACCGAAUCCAUGUACCAAAUUCAAGAAAAUUUGAACGGGUGCAGUAUAAUAUGAGAAGCCCAUAAGCCUGAUAAUAUAAACUGACAGAAGUUUCGUCCAUUAUUUUAAAGGUUCCUAGAAUUCUUUUAGACCUCUGGUAAAAUUCAUCUUCAAAAAUUAGGGGUGGGCCACAGGGGAAGUCCAUAGACCGGGUCCACAAAGGGGUCCAUUUCUGGGGGUCCAUAUUUUGUAUGCGUGUACUGCGGACGGGACUGUGAACUAUGAUGAAACGCGGCCUGGACCUCCAUGUUUUUGCCUUGGCCGCUUCAGUGCCUUUACGCUGACGCAGAGUGCCGUCUAUUUUCUAGUAAUUCGGCUAGUUAUGCAGUGUGAUUCUGCGAAAAAUCUUAACUGUAUGAGAACAUGAGCAACCUUUCCCUAAAUCUUUUUAACACCCUAAAAAAAAUAGUGCUUACUUUAGAACAAAAGUUUGUUCAUUUACCAUUCUCGCAACUGGACCUAUCAGUCCUCACUUGACAUUUUAUUGCUGGUAGGAAUUAAUGGAUCAAUACGACAAGGACCAAGAUGGUCGCCUCUCCCUUAAAGAGUAUUUGGGUAAGUAAACGGACACAUUUUUAAUUAUCUAGAACAUUCUCACUUCAGUUUCUUUGCCAUGACUGUGUUUCUGCACCUGUUGUUCGCUUCGUAUCAAGAUAAACUAAUCAUGAAGUUAACUAUUACAUUGCAGCUUAUAUCAACAUGCCAGGGUCCUUUAAUUCGUUAUAUAUUACAGAAUUUAAUGAGCACUAUGAUGCAGACCACGACGGAUACCUCAAUCUCGUAAGUAUGGCACUUUAAAAAACCUUUCGAGCAGACUUGACAAGACAAAAUGAAAAGAUGAAUUACCACUGAAGAGUAACCGAAGCCGAUAAUCGGAUUUUGGCCAAUACCAGCUUACUUUGUACAUGUGAAAACGAACACUUAUACGAUACUAAGUAUUCCUCUAUAUCCUGUAUCGAGAGUUUGUAUACGAUAGUUAGUAUCGUAUACAAAGUAUAAUAUGAUCAGACGCCGUCACUGAUCGAUCGACGCAGUGCUUCACAUUCAAAUUCGGAUUUAGAAGGGCUGAAUUCAUUCCAGCUGCAUUGAGUUGAAAAGGAGAAAAAUCAAAAGCAUUAAUAAUACAUCAUUUGGUUAGGUUUAUGUGAAGUUCGAUCUGAAUCAACACCGGUCCUCACUUAGCCGUUAUUACCGGCUGAGCCAGGUUUGAAGAGCGGCUGAGCCAAUCCAAAUUCAAUUAAUGUUUGAAUCUGAUUUUGAUGCCGUACUUUACAUGAACUAAUUCAUCGAAUUCGAUUUGGCUCAUGUUAGCUACAGCUUAGGAACCGGACCUGAGCAACAUAACAUCGUAAUUCUCAGCGCGCUUUCGGCUUGUCAGAACUGACAGGCCAGACUAUACCCGUCGUAAUGAGAAUUUCACUUUUAAUUAAAACCAUCCAGCCAUGACUGGUCCAGUCAUGGUCCGGCCGGCCACUCAGUUCUGACUUUUGGAAUCAGUGUCUGUUAUAAUACACCUUGAAUGGCUUUAGGAUGUGAUGUCACGAACAAAAGACAAAACUAGGUCGAUAAAUAUUGAUCCCAAUAACAAACUUGUCCGCAGCCGAGUUAUCAUGAGUAAUGACCAUUUUUCUGCUUGAUAAACUCGUUGACGAGAGUACAGGAAUGACUCAAGUUAAGUGAACGCUUACUCCAACAGUGUGGCGUAUGUGGUACUUGAAAUAACUCACGGUUUUUGCUAUUCGCUUAAACAGCGAGAAGGAAUUUCAUUCUUUACCAUCUUGGUGAUUUUAGAAACACAUAGCUUAACUACAAAGGCUGAUGAGAGCUUGAAUUUGUGUUAUUCCUUUUGCAGAAAGAAGUAGAGGUGUGGAGAAGACCAAAAAAUUUCAACAAAGCACUAGGAGAAGCUCAACAUUUGAUAGAAAACGCCGAUAUGAAUAAGGUAUUAAUACUGAUCUUUAUUGUGGGCAUUAAUUCGUACAUGUUCUUCAGUCUCAUAAUAUUUACUAGCAUGACUUUCCUGACAUGAAACAAACACCAUAUUUGCCAAUUUUGAUGCAUUGCAUUUGCUAGUGGAAUAAUGCUUUAAUUGGAAACCACGUUAACGUAUUUUCGCUUUUAGUUCUCGGCCUCGCUACAUCUCAGCACAAAUCAGAACGGCUUUACGUUGGUUCAUUAUAUAAGUAACUCCGACUGCGUCGAGAAAGUAGAAAAAAACAGUAGAUUUAGUGGGCAAAACAACAACGCUGUAUUUAUAUACUUUAAGAGCAAUUUGGCGGCCGUCACUGGUAAAAUACGGCGCAUGCGCAAGAAUACGUAAUGUACAUGACUUUUUAUGGUGGACAGAGAUAGCAGCAGGACGACAAAUUUUCUUUUUCCUUAUGAACUUCAAGGCAGUUGACAGGCUAAGAAUCCUACUGCACUGGAGCGUAGCGUCCAUAUACACACAUACGCCCGCGCGAACAGCUGAAAUCUGGGAAUUUUUUUUUUCCAGGAAGCAUUUUUAUCAUUAAAUCGGGAUAACGGGUAAAGUUUUCACAUAAUAUUGGUGUCUUUUUGCCAGUAUUUCCUUUAUUCUUUUAUUAUCCUUUUAUUAUAACACUAGAGGUGAGUAAAACAAAAAAACUAAGGACUGCAUUUUAUUUAUUGAAAAUGACCAACGAAAAACGCAGGAAAUGGCAUUUCCACGACUCUAAAUUAAAACAUUUUCUGGGGGAACAUGCCCCCAGACCACCCCCCGCCCCACUUUGGAGUGCCUUCCGCGCUCUAACUUUUCUUUCCAUGCGUACACUUUCAAAAUCAUACGCUACAACCCUGCUGCAGGGAAAUACAUACAUACAUACAUACUUUAUUGGCUCGUCCCCACGGGGCUUUUCAGAGUCAAUUUUACAUUACAAAAUUAUAAACCAAGUACAUGACAAUAAGAAUAUAACAAUGAUAAAAGAAGACAAAGGUCAAUAAAAUUAAUUAAAUUAAUUAAAUAAAGCAGUCAUUAAGAAGCUUUUGCCUGAGUAAACACUUGACAAACUGAGUCUGAAACAACGGGAAUCAUCUUUAUUAUCCGGUCUGCCUUUUUCGCAAGCUUCGCCGUAACGUGCGUUAUUCCAUUUGAAGCUAAAAUAUUUAGGUUGUUUGAAGCGGCUACAAUGGCAACAUCAAAAAGCAAUAUACAGGUCGAGUGAAGGAAAAAAAACUCUGCAUGUGCAUAACCUUAUUUGGUUGAUUCUUUCCCUUCACUUCUAGGAGGGUGGAGUUUUACGAGUAGGAACAAAACAAACGAAGAUAAUUCGGAGUCUUUUUUACCUUCCUAAACUUGAAUGUGGCAGCUAAGCAGUAAACUCCGGAAAAAUAGAGAGCUUUAGAUUCUAAAGGACGACAACGGGUACGAGAUUUUCUCAAUACUAGGUAAGUAGUGUGCGCGCGCGAACCAACCUCAUUUUGGCGGGAAAAUGUGAUAGCAAUCGUCAUUCUACUACGAGUUUUAGUGAGUAUGUCGUAGUGGCGAAAAAAAGUUAUCAAAUGUUAGGAAUUUUAUCAUUUAGCGAUCGGGAGAGCGCUUUACCUCCUACAACGGAAAUAAGCGUGCUAACUUUGGUGGUGAAAAAAGUACAAUGAAGCUUUCCGGGGUGUCUAUUUUUAAAGAAUAGGCUAAAAACUUAAAAUUAAAUGUCGUUCUCGUCCUCGAAUCUAAAGCUCUCUAUUGUUGAGCUUGCAUUAGACGAAUUGAGCAAGGUACAUUUACAAUAAUCGCGAUAAUUUUCUAGAGAACGAAUGCACUAAACAACUCAGUAAAGUCGCAUUGCCAUGUCCGUCAUCCUCAUGGCUGAAACUGUCCAAUGAACCCAUAAUUUUUAAUUCAAACAAUUUUCCAAGGUGCAAAUUAAACGGUACUGAGCAAUUUUUAAUCUCUUUUUCUGUGUUAUACAGGAUGGAAAAUUGACAGCGGACGAGUUUGUGAUGAGCCACGAAUUCUUUGCUGGAAGCAUGGCAACUGAGUUUGGAAAAUCUUUCCAUGAUGAGUUUUGAAUCGCCGAAAAAGAGGAACUUUUUGUAAAUAAUGAAACUGCGAAAAAGUAGAGCUUUAAAAGUGGAU